AUGGCUGACGAGAAGCAACGCGGGUUCCCAAACAACGACACUGGCGAACGCCGUGGUUCGGUUCUCUUCCAGGAUGAGGCGAAGCGCAAGGCGAGUGUUGCAGAUCUGACAUCCAACCAGACUGGAGAGAUCAAGAACCCUCUGGUCGGUGUCACUCGAGACGCCCUGCUGCAAGAUGUGGAAGAGUUUGCCAGAACGAACAACCUCGACGACGUCUUGCCACUCCUCAAGAAGGGCGCAAUCGCCGCCCAAGUCCAAUACCCAGACGCGAUCGCUAGGCUUCCCGAGCUCAACGACGAUGAGAAGCAGAACCUCGCUGAAGAGAUCACCAACAAAUGGCGCCAUCCACGCAUCCUGUACUUUACUAUCAUUCUGAAUAGUAUCGCAGCGGCCGUCCAAGGAUGGGAUCAGACGGGCUCAAACGGCGCCAAUCUCUCGUGGCCGCUCGACCUUGGGAUCCCCGAUGGCCCUGAGGAUUUCUGUAACGACAACCCAGCGCUCUGCGCCAAGAAUCAAUGGCUGGUUGGUCUGGUCAACUCGAUGCCUUACUUUGCGAUCUUUCUCUUUGCCGCUUGGAUCUCUGACCCCCUCAACCACUGGCUCGGUCGACGGAACGUCAUUUUCGGCGCCGCAAUCUUUUCCGUCCUUGCACCAAUCGGUCAGGCACUGUGUCAAACAUGGCAGCAGCUUAUUGCCUGUCGCAUUCUUCUCGGCAUCGGUAUGGGCCUUAAAGAAGUGACGGUGCCAGUUUACUCCGCCGAGGUGGCUCCAACGGCCAUUCGUGGUGGCUUGGUUAUGACCUGGCAGCUUUGGACCGCUUUCGGCAUCAUGCUUGGUACUUCCGCCAACUUGGCUGUCAAGGACACUGGAGCGAUCGCAUGGCGACUUCAGCUUGCCUCUGCCUUCAUUCCCGCUGUCCCACUGGUUAUUGGCAUCUACUUCUGUCCGGAAUCUCCCAGAUGGCUCAUGUCCAAAGGCCGCUUCGAGAAGGCCUACCGCAGCCUGAAGCGUCUCCGAGGCACCGAUAUCCGAGCGGCCAAGGAAAUCUACUACAUCCAUGCCCAGAUGCAGCAGGAAGAGCUUCUGAUUAAAGAGUCCGGUGUCUCCGUCAACGCGAACAUGUUCACUAGAUUCGUCGAGCUGUUCACCAUCCCUCGCAUUCGCCGAGCGACUCAGGCUUCCGGGAUCGUGAUGAUUGCACAGCAGAUGUGCGGGAUAAAUAUUAUCGCCUUCUACUCAUCCACCGUCUUCGCGCAAGCUGGUGCCUCUGUGACCGGAGCACUGCUGGCUUCCUGGGGGUUUGGCAUCAUAAAUUUCCUCUUCGCAUGGCCAGCAAUCUGGACCAUCGACACCUUCGGAAGGCGUGCGCUGCUGCUGUUCACAUUCCCCAACAUGUGCUGGACCUUGCUAGCAGCGGGUCUGUGUUUCUACAUCCCGGAGUCAAGUCCCGCUCAUCUAGGGCUGAUCGCUACGUUCAUCUACAUUUACGAUGCAUUUUACUCGCCAGGAGAAGGACCCGUUCCGUUUACCUACAGUGCUGAGGUAUUCCCACUGUCGCACAGAGAGAUGGGAAUGAGCUGGGCCGUAGCCACAAAUAACUUUUGGGCGACCGUUGUCUCCUUGACAUUCCCCCGUCAACUCGGUGCCUUCGGCUUGACCGGCGCUUUCGGCUUCUAUGCAGCAAUGAACUUCCUCGCCUUCCUCAUGAUCUUCUUCUGGCUGCCGGAGACUAAGCAGAAGUCGCUCGAAGAACUCGACUAUGUCUUCGCCGUUCCCACAACUCGCCACAUGAACUACCAAGUCGGCACUGUCCUGCCCUACUUUUUCAAGACGCAGAUUCUGCGUCAGAAGGGUCUUGCAUCGCCAACGCUCUACAAGUUUGAUGAGUAUUCCGAUGGGCCGGUGACUCCGGAUGCGGAGUACAAGACCGAGACGGCAUUCAGGAAGGAGGUAGAGUGA